GGGAGCAAGACAGCAGCCAAGCGAGACCGGUGAUAAAGCCGGACCUAGGCGGGGCAGGGAUAGAGUCGCUGGGCUGCGAGGGGAAGUAGGAAAUAAGGUGGCCUUUAGGGCCUGGGAGGGAUUUCAAGCACCGCCGCGCACGUAACUGUGAGACAGUACCGGUCACAGUCCUUUAUUGUCGGCAAACCCAGGUGCCCGAAGCGAUUACACCAAAAAUGGCGGACGAUCCGACAGCAGCCGACAGAAACGUGGAGAUUUGGAAAAUCAAGAAACUGAUCAAAAGCUUGGAAGCGGCCCGGGGAAAUGGCACAAGCAUGAUUUCCUUAAUAAUCCCCCCUAAGGACCAGAUCUCACGGGUGGCAAAGAUGUUGGCAGAUGAGUUUGGCACUGCAUCCAACAUCAAAUCUAGAGUCAACAGGCUGUCUGUUCUGGGAGCCAUCACAUCUGUACAACAGAGACUCAAACUUUACAACAAAGUGCCACCAAACGGGCUCGUUGUCUAUUGUGGAACAAUCGUAACAGAGGAGGGCAAGGAAAAGAAAGUUAACAUAGACUUUGAGCCGUUCAAACCCAUCAACACAUCGCUUUAUCUGUGUGACAACAAAUUUCAUACAGAGGCUCUGACAGCGCUGCUAUCAGAUGACAGUAAAUUCGGCUUCAUCGUGAUUGACGGGAGUGGGGCUCUGUUCGGCACUCUCCAGGGGAACACGCGGGAGGUCCUGCACAAAUUCACAGUCGACUUGCCCAAGAAGCACGGCAGGGGUGGUCAGUCUGCUUUGCGAUUCGCCAGGUUACGAAUGGAGAAGAGACACAACUACGUGCGAAAAGUGGCGGAGACAGCAGUGCAGCUUUUCGUCUCCAACGACAAAGUCAACGUCGCUGGGAUGGUGCUGGCCGGGUCUGCGGACUUCAAGACUGAGCUGAGUCAGUCUGAUAUGUUUGACCCGAGAUUACAAGCCAAAGUGCUGAAGCUGGUGGACAUCUCGUAUGGAGGGGAGAACGGUUUCAACCAGGCCAUCGAGCUGUCUGCAGAGGUGCUCUCCAAUGUGAAGUUCAUUCAGGAAAAGAAGCUAAUAGGGCGGUACUUUGAUGAGAUCAGCCAGGACACAGGGAAGUACUGCUUUGGAGUGGAAGACACACUGAAGGCUCUGGAGAUGGGGGCUGUGGAGAUCCUCAUUGUGUAUGAGAACUUGGACAUCAUGCGAUAUGUCUUGCGCUGCAGUGGUUUAGAAGAGGACAAGGUGCUGUUCCUCACACCAGAGCAGGAGAAGGAUAAGUCACACUUUACAGACAAGGAGACUGGGCAAGAGCAUGAGCUGAUCGACAGCAUGCCGCUCCUGGAGUGGUUCGCCAAUAACUACAAGAAGUUUGGAGCCACACUGGAAAUCGUGACGGACAAGUCGCAGGAGGGCUCCCAGUUCGUCAAAGGGUUCGGUGGGAUUGGAGGAAUCCUGCGAUAUCGAGUUGAUUUCCAGCUAAUAGAGUACCAGGGAGAAGAUGAUGAAUUUUUCGAUUUGGAUGACUACUAGGUAGUUAAAACAUGGCUUAGGGAUAUGCAACUAUCCCUCAUACCCACUGAGAGACCACAGAAAGAAAGAACAAGAAAAAGAAAUAAAAUCUAUCCCUGCCUUAGAACACAAUGUCACGACUUCAUUGGAUAUAACCAUCUAGAUCUCCACGAUUGUAAUAGUGUCAAUGCAACAGCAAAUCCAAACUAACUACCGUGUUACCUUUACAACAGUUUUGGACUCAUACUUUUUUUUUUUUUAAUUUUUAAAUUUUUUUUAAUUUUAUUUCUUACCUCCCGUGGUUGCUGUUGUAUUUUAUGAAAGUGAGAAUUUUUUUUACCUCUGUAUGUAGAGGCGAAGUGUAUUAAAUUUGAACUAAAAAUAAUUUGCCAGUCGAGCGUCCCAUUUCACUUAUUUUAUUUAUUUUUUUAUUGUUCUUUUAGAACAGGUUUAAUUUUUUUAUAACAAACCCGGCCAUAGGCAUACUGAUGUUCUGUGUGACGUCAUCCACACAGGACCUGUUUUGGGAAGGGUAGAUGGUGGAAUUUAGUUUUAUUGAUUAGGACUAAUUGGCAGUAAAUUACUCUUAAAUUCCGGCAUUGUUUCUUGGGUUUGUUGAAAUGUACAGAAUGUAGUGAGAGGUAGUAUCUGCUUUACCAGGUGCUGGAGAGAAAGAAAAAAUGUUGGGGUCAAAGUCUGCACACACCACACAGAGAGUGCUCCAACUCAUCUAUACAGCACUAACUCCCUCUGUCUAGCUUCUCCAGAUGUAACCUGUAUUCCAUUCAAAAAGAUUAUUUUUAUUUUUUUAUUUUUUUUGUCUAAAAAGCAAAUUCCACGUAUGCUAGGAAACUACAGCUCUGCAUGGGAUUUAUAUUUAAUGCAAGUUACUGGAUGUCCCUGAAUCCUGUUCUUUUAACCAGAUCUUAAAGACCAUGGUGAUCAGUACAGUAGCAUGGAAUCCAGAGGACAAAUAAUAAAUGAGGUUACAACACACAGUAUGCGAUGUAGGAGCUUGAAGUUUAAGCUAAGCUGAAAUUCAUUUUUUAUGUGAAGGUAAUGUUGCCACAAAAACACUAAAACCAUUUGAAACCCUG